UUCAUAUUCCGUAAUGUCAAUAAAUAAAGCCUGUUGGUUAUUUUAUGUGAUACUAAAACGAAAUCAGAAUUAAAAUUCUAAGACACGAUGGAUUUGAGUUGCGUGCUUGCCAGUCGAUAGCUUUUAACUCCAUGGGAACAAGAAAAAAACAAACUUAUUUCGCCACACAAAAACACAAAAUUACAAUAAAAGUCUUAAUAAGUCAAAUUUUUGGCACAAAAUCUUAAUAAAAAUAUGCCUAUGUAAUGCUAGAAAACAUUUCGUUGUGUGUUAUCAAAAUAGAAACGGAUUUGGAACCCAGUGCAGAUUCCGAGGGAGCCGUUUCUGCCGAACACCCCACCAAUCCACGUGUGCUGAAGGAGCGGGAACGCGAUCGGGGAUUGCGUCGGGCCCGCGAUAUAACCAUCGAGACCUACACCAACCAGCGUUGGUCCAAGGAGCUGAGCGAUCAGAAGGCGCCGCAGGUCACCAAGAUGAACUGGGCGGCAACCGUGCAGCAUGUCAAUAGCCCCACGGCGGGCAGUUCGCGGGAGACAACACCUCGCAGCGGGGACGAGUCCGGCGGACCGCAAGCAACUGCCUCAAAUUUCCCGCAGGAGAUCGGCUACUUUUCUGGCAAUCCCAUCGUCGAGGUGACCAAGGGGCUCAUCCAUCUUUACAAGAAAAACGAACGCAAGGCCAUCAAGGAGGCUCCAUCCAACCAGCUUUGUUUGCUGGCCGUGCCCGCCACUCUCAACUGCCACGAUCUGCUGAACUUUAUAGCGCCCUGCCAUGCUGAGAUCAAGCACGUCCAGAUAGUCCGCGAUGGUAGUCCCAACCAGUUCAUGGUGCUGCUGGAAUUUCGCUCCAAUGAAUCAGCACUGGAGUUCUACAAAUCCUACAAUGGGAUUGCUUACAACUCCCUUGAGCCGGACUCUCUGUGCCACGCGCUCUGGGUGUCCGCAGUCGAGCGUGGAGAGCACGAACCCCCGCCUUUGGGCCACACGGAGCUGCCCACUUGCCCCGUCUGUCUGGAACGGAUGGACGAGAGUGUGGACGGAGUACUGACAAUUUUAUGCAACCACGCAUUUCACGCCAGCUGCCUGAUGAAAUGGGGCGACUCUACGUGCCCGGUUUGCCGACAUGUUCAGACCCCAGAGCUGGUAGAGGACUCCGUGUGCAUGGAAUGCGAGGGCACUGACUCGCUGUGGAUCUGCCUGAUCUGUGGCCAUGUAGGCUGCGGGCGGUACCAGGGCGGACAUGCUGCGGCCCACUAUCGAGCCACUAACCAUACCUUCGCAAUGCAGCUGGGUACCUCCAGCGUUUGGGACUAUGCUGGCGACAACUUUGUGCAUCGUCUGUUCCAGAACAAGUCUGAUGGCAAGCUGGUGGCCUCCCAAACAGAAAAGGACGAACGCGAGGAGAAGAUCGAUUCCAUGCAGAUGGAGUUCACCUACCUACUGACCUCGCAGUUGGACACUCAGCGCAAGUAUUACGAAGAGCGGAUGGAGCGACUGGAACAGGAGUGGCAGAACUUCAAGGCGAACGCCAACGAGGCCAAAACCGAGGUCUCCGAGCUUCAGCAGCUGCAACAGACUAUGCAGAAGGAGAAGCAGAACCUGGAGCGCAAGCUCGCGCAGCACACAGCCAAGCUCAAGGAGGUUCAAAAGCAACUGAACGAAGAGCGUGAACUGUCCAAGGCCCUACAGACCAACCAGAGUUCCUGGCACGGCAAGUACAAGAUCCUGGAGCAGCAGUACAAUGAGUUUAAACAUACCCACGACGUCGAGGUAACCGAUCUCAAGGAGCAGCUGCGCGAUGUAAUGUUCUUUUUGGACAAUCAGCAAAAAAUAGCCAACUCGGAGCUGGCUGGUGGCUCCAUUACUGGGAUUGGAGAAAAGGAGCCCGAUCCCAGUUCUCGGCGUGGCAAUCGUCGCAAGAAAUAGAAAACGAUCUUUUAUACCAUUUACACAUCCAUGUAUUUUGAUUCGAGUUGCACUGUCUGUCUAUUUCCCGAUUUGAGAAGGCUUUGAAACCCGAAUACAUAAGAUUUAAAGCAGCUCUAUAUGUGAUUUCCUUUGUGAAGCAAAGACCCAAGGAUACUUUAUAACCUAGUUUACUACUCUACUCUUAAGCGGAUUCAUAGGCUUCUGCCAGAAAUAUUUUGCGUUUGUUAUUCAAGAAAAUUAAAAGUUUUUGAUGAAA